GGGUGAGAGGGCUGCGCUUUUUACUAUACUUGAUAGAGAGAGACGUUCACCUGACGAGCGACGAGGCGAUGUAGCCUAAUGGAUAGAGCGCUACUUACCAUUGCCGCUGAGAGCUCAGUCGUGGCAGUCAAGCAGGAGGAGAGCGGGUACAUGGCAGAGAACGGCUGAAGAGCAGCGCGGCGCGGUUGCUUUCUGCCCCUUGUUGUCACUAGUUCUGCAAGUCGUAGGGAGCACGUGCAGGCGGGGCAUCACACACACACACACAGAGAGAGAGAGAGAGAGAGAGAGAGAGAGAGAGAGAGAGAGAGAGAGAGAGAGAGAGAGAGAGAGAGAGAGAGUCCAUGCUCCACCGCAGUUGGAGUUGGGGGAAGCAGGUCAGUUGAGACCACGAACGAUGACGUGGCACUCGGGGAUUGUGGCUGACACCUCCCCGCUUGUGACGAUGUAUGGCAGAGUCUUCGGCGUUGUUUUUUGCUAUGGCUUGUUGUUUUGGUCCGCCCAUGCGUCGGUACGUGAGUUUGGAGGAGAGACGUCUCCUGCAGUCGGGCAUGUGGAAGAGGGUCUGAUGCAGAGGAAGCCUAGUAGGUCCAAGUCUUUUGGACAACGCGCGGAGGCUAUCCUUCUGUCGAGCGAUUCAGGUAUCGACGACCCCUCCUCACAGGGGUCGUCCUCCUCCUCCUCCUCCUCCAGGCUCUCUCUUUCUCUCUUCUCCAAUGCGGAAGAUGAAGGCGAGGAUUCUGCAGAAGUUAAGUCCUUGCCGGGGUUCGACGGUGAGUUCGGGUCGAAGCACUUCGGGGGGUAUAUUGCCGUUGAUGAGAAGCAUGGGCGGAAUUUGUACUACUACUUCGCGACCUCCGAACGCGAUCCCGAUACAGAUCCCGUCAUCCUUUGGCUCAAUGGUGGUCCCGGCUGCUCUAGCUUCGACGGGUUCAUUUAUGAGCUGGGUCCAUUCUUGUUCGAAGCUGCCUCCUCUAAGUCGGAGCUUCCCAAGCUCAAGCGGAACCCUUACGCUUGGAACAAAGUAGCCAACGUGGUAUUCCUCGAUUCUCCAGCGGGUGUCGGUUUGUCCUACUCCAUGACUCCGACGGACUAUAACACAAGUGAUCUGAAGACAGCCAAGGACACGCAUACCUUCCUCCUCGCGUUUUUUACUAAGUACCGCAAGUUCGCAAAGAACCCCUUUUUCAUAGCCGGCGAAUCAUAUGCAGGCAUAUAUGUGCCCACCCUGGCUCGCGAGGUGGUGCAAGGCUUACGUCAAGGGGUUGAACCCAAGAUCAAUCUGAAGGGGUAUUUAAUCGGCAAUGGCUGCACGGAUAACGUGUACGACGGUAAUGCUCUGGUCCCCUUUGUCUAUGGCAUGGGCCUCAUUGACAGUGACCUGCAUGACGAGCUAGAGAAGGUGUGCAAGAAGAACUACUGGCAGGUUACGUCGCCGAAAUGCGUAGAGCUGUUAGACCAGAUGGACGAAGAUCUGAAGGACUUGAAUAUGUACGACAUCUUGGAGCCGUGUUAUCACCCUGACAGCCAUACGUACGGGGGGGGGAGCAGAAGUAGGGGGAGGGAGGAGACGUCAGGGAUGGAGGGAGGUGCAGGAGGGAGAGGAGAGGAAGGAGGAAACAAGUUCGAGAGGAAGUCCUUGAAGAGGCCAGCGAGCUUGGUGCAGUUUGGCGAUGGCGGUGGAGAUGGCGGCGAGGAAAAAGAGAGAGAGGAGAGAGAGGAGAGAGAGGAGAGAGAGAAAGAGGAAGGGAAUGGGCACGCGGAGGAGGAAAAGGGAAAGCCAGAGGAGAAAGGGGAGAGAGAGGAAGUUACUGGGAUGACCAGUCUUGGGGGAAGGGUGAUGAAGCUCCUCCCCGGCGGGUUGCUACGGUUGGGUAGCCAGGGUGCGGCUGCCGCAGACGCAGGAGAGCAGGAGCCUAAAGCGAGAGAGCGCUCCGAGGAGGCAAGGCUAGAGGGACAGAAGACUAGAGAGGGAGGAGCAGGAGUGGAAGUGGAAGAGAGAAGGGGGGAAGGAGGUACUACCGGUAGGGGAAUCGCAAAGAAAGGCCGGUUGCCAGAGAGCUUCUUGCAGUUGGGUCAAGAAAGAAGGACACGUGUGCGGAUGUUUGGAAGGGCAUGGCCACUGCGAGCACCUGUCACAGCUGGGUACGUGCCUUCUUGGCCAGAGCUUAUGCCUGAAUACGGGAGUGUGCCUUGUGACGACCUCUCCAUAUCCGAUAUAUGGAUGAACCAUCCAGAUGUGAGAGACGCCAUGCAUGCCAAGUCGGUCUCAGAGAUUGGUGAAUUCCAGAUCUGUACGAAUGUCCUGCUCUACCAUCACGACGCCGGGAGUAUGAUUCCCAUUCAUAAGCAGUUAAUGGGAGAGGGAUUGCAGGUGCUGAUCUACAGUGGGGAUCAUGACAUGUGUGUACCGUACACAGGCUCUGAGGCAUGGACGCGGGACGUUGGCAAGAAGAUUGUCCGCCCAUGGCAGGCAUGGUACGUAAAGGACCAAGUGGCCGGCUACACUGUCACGUAUGACCGUAACCUGACCUUUGCAACAGUGAAAGGGGCAGGUCACACUGUGCCAGAGUACAAGCCUGCGGAGGCGCUUGCCAUGUUCAAGAGAUUUUUGGCGGGAAAACCCCUCUGAUAAUGUACUGCAGCAAGCUCUAGUAGAUAUAGGAUUAGCAUCUUAUCCUCAGAAUAGCUUUCUGAUGUUGGGAGGGCGAAGGAAGGGAGACGAUCAGAAAGAGCCCACAUCUCAAUUUCAAGAUUUGUAAUUGGGAAAAAAAAAAAAAAAAGAUUUGUAAUUGAAAAAGCCUUGGGCACUGGGCCCUGCAUCUCAAUUUCAAGAUUUGUAAUUGAAAAAAAAUAAAUAAAUAAAGAUUUGUAAUUGAAAAAGCCUUGGGCACUGGGCCCUGCCCUGUUUCCAAAAAAAUAAAGAAGUGCUCGACUGCGAAAAAAGAAUCCCCAAAAAGACAAACAUUCCGCAGAAAGUGAAAACGACAGAGCUAGAAGAAAUAAAUCACGAAUGCAAAA